AUGUCGGACGACGAGGACCCCGACGCGAACCUGACGACCUCGCAACGCACCUACUGGGCCGCCGAGAAGAUACUCGACGAGAAACGCAUCAAGGGCGCGCGGCACUUCCUGAUCAAGUGGGAGGGCACGGACGACCGCGGCGAGAAGUGGAAGCCGUCGUGGGAGCCGGCGAGCAGCUGCACGGCGGAGCUGCUGGAGGAGUGGGAGGAGGAGCGCAGGCUGAAGAAGGAAAGGAGUAGAAAACGGAAACGCUCGACGACCUCUUCCGCCCGCGGCCGCUCGCGCGGGUCGUCGGCGCGCUCGGGCUCGACCGCGUCGACGGCCACAGCGACCAAACGCCGCCACCGCGACUCUCCGCCCCCCUCACCCUCCCGCCCGCGCAAACGCGCGCGGCACGAACGGGAGUACAGCGCGGAAAUCAAGUCCGAGGACGAGAUGCCGCCGCCGGGCAAGAUCAAGCGGCCGGCUAUCCGGCGCGAGCCGGAGCCGGAUUCUGACGAGGAGGACGGGGAGGAGGAGGACGAGCCGAGGGUGGUAAAGCGGAAGCCGUCGGCAAGGCGGUUCGAGCCCGAGGUGGACUUGGACGAUAUAUCCGUACCCGGGCCUUCAAACUUCAAAGCAAAGUCGAAGUCGCGCUCGGUAUCGUCCGUGGCGGACUCGCUCCCGCCCCGUGCACCAUCCUCAGAUAGCGCUACCCGUCUCCCUCCUCGUAUCUCGCCCACGAAACCCAAACCCAGCGCUUCACGACAACGGCACUCGGAAUCCGAUUCCGACGCGCCAGCACCGCAUCGACCCGCACAGCAAGACUCAGACUCAGCCUCGACCCCUCCGCCCGCGAAAUCUAAAGCGCGAGACAAGUUCAGACCGAACGCAGCGUCUAUCGCGCGGGCGCGCCUACCCGCCAAACGCAAAGCGACCGGGGAUCCGUUUGUGUCUAGCGAUGAUGAUGCGCCGCGCGUCGGAAAUGGGAAGGCGAAGGCGAAGGCGAAGAGUAGGGCGCGUACGGAGAGCGGGAGCGACGAGGAGGAGGUGGUGAAAGUCGGGCCGCCGCGCGGGAAGAGGCCGUCUCAGCCGGCGAAGAAGCCGUCUAUAUCUUCAUCGUCUGCGCAUAGGAAUUCGGCGCCUGGACCUGGCCCAUCGCGCAAACCUGCUCCCGCAUCGACAUUGGCUACAGCGCGCACCUCUGUACCCGCACAGCCGAAGAAACCCGCACCCGCCCUCGCGCCUGUAGUCGACCCCGUCCUACGCAACAACGGCCUCCUCGCCUCUACCUCGUCAAGGGAUAAGUCGAACUCCAAAGCCAGAUCCGUCCCGCUCGAAGAAGAAGAAGAGACGCAAGCGGCCGGGCCCUCCCCCUUCGACAUCGUCCCCGGUCCCCCUCCACCGCCGAAGAAAGCAGCUACUGGCAAGGUUAAGACGGUCGCGGAUUAUAUGCGCGCGAACGGUGUCGGGCACGCUGACGCAGCUAGAGUGCUCAAGAACAACCUCGCCGCCAAUCCCGUUAAUCCCGUCGCUGGACCUUCGAAGACGGCGAACUCGAACGCCGUCGCCGGCCCAUCGCGCACAUCCACAGGCCCAGCGCCGAGCCAGGGCAGCAUCGUGCCCGGCACACAGUCCACGACGCGCCGCGACGAGUUCGAGUACGAGUUUGAGGACGACGAUGCGUUCGAGUUUGGGAGGGAUAUCAGCCCGGUCGAGCAUGCGCCGCUCGAGCCGCCGCUGCCACGACCACAGGCGAGUUCGCGUACGAGGGAGGGUUUGGAGGCGGGUGAGAGUGCGCGGGUUAGGAGGACGUAUGGAAGGCGUGAGAAGGAGAGGGGCGUUAGGGAUGGGGAUGGUGCUGAUGCGGACGACGAGAGCAUACCUGCGGAAGACGGAGCACAGCCCAUCGAUGUGGACGAAGAGAACGAAGUCGCGAAAGAAGUCACGCCCGCCUCCGCACGCGACCUCACGCUGGCGCCCGACGCAGAGUUCGCAAUCGACGCCGCUGUCACGCCUGCGCCGAUCGUAUCGGAGCGCGAGGAGAGCCCUUCGGCGAAUGAUAAGGCCGAGUCGGACGAGGAAGAGGAGGAGGAGGAGGAGGAAGAUGAGGAGUCUGUGUCGGGGUCGGGUGGGGAGGACGAGAUACGGUCGCAGGCUUCGCCGCCGCCGCCGCUUUCGCCCGGCCAGGCUCAGGCUCAUCAGCCGCACGCGUUUAGGGCGAUCGCGCCGCGGAUACCGAUCUCUGCGCCCCGGCGAACCGUCACCGCCAACGGCCACCGGCCCACGAACAACAACGGACACGGACACGGACACACCACCGGCCCGCGCGUCACAGGCGCGCCCAAACCCGACCCGCUCCUCGCGCGCGCCGGCCCGUCCACAUCCGCAUCAUCUUCCUCUGCAGCAAGGGCGCAUGGGCCAAUCCCGCAGAUAACGCCCGGACAGAUGGCGCCGUACCUCGCGCAGCACCAUUCGCAGGGCGGGCACGAGAGCAUCGAGGCGUUUACGAGCCCCGCGAGGGGGGUGGGGACGCAGGUCGAGGAGUUUAGUACAAGGGUCGAUGUCGGGAGCCAGGAACAUGUUGAGGAGGGGUCGUCGCGCGAGGACGACCCGAACUCGAACUCCAACAUCCUUCCUCUGCAGGUGCUCAACGGCUUCGGCAACUCGACCGAGCUCCGCGCGCGGGGCGAAGAGCUCGCGCAGAUACACGCGCGCAAGCCUGAUGGUGGGCAGAAGGCGAAGAGGGCGCGGACGCUGGGGGAUAUUGUAAGGAGGAGCGAGAGGGAGGGCGGGGGGUUGGAGAGGGUUAGGAAGGCGCUUGAGGGGAAGGAGUUGGAUGAGGAGGGUGCGGGGGAUGAGGAAAUGGUCGUAGACGAGCCGCCGCUCGAGCAUCCCCAGCCUAUCCCCGCAUCCGCAUCAGUUAUAUCCCCAACAUCCGCCGCCUCCCCCGCCGGCGCAUCCGGCGCAUCACCGGCGAACUCGACAGCCACGGCCUCGCCGGCGCCCAACUCGCACCAUCUGCACCACCACCAUCAUAAUCUGCACGACCAUCGACAGCUCCACGCCCAGCUGGCCGCGCACAAUGCGCAACAGUCCGAACACAAUGCGCAACAGUCCCAGCAGCCCGAGCACCAAGCUCAGCACGCUCAAUACGACGCGCGCGAGGCGGAGAGGCAGCUACACAGCCAUCAUAUGCAUCUGCACGACCACCAUAUGCACCCGCCGCAUCAUGCGCAUCCGAAGGGGCCGACGCCGCCGAAGGAGAGGGAGGGGACUCGGACGCCGCCGACGCCGGGGUCGGGGCUGGGGACGCCGGGGUCUGGCGCGUCGCGCGCUACUCCCGGCCCCGCGCAAGCCACUCCCGGUCCUUCGCGAGGUACGCCUGGGCCGUCGAGGGGUACACCAGGGCCCUCGCAGAUCCCGAACUCGCAAGCCGUGCCGUCGUCGAGCCAGGCUCAGCCAUCCCGCUCGCAGCCUUUGCACGCGCAUAUGCAUCCACAUCAUUCGCAUCUCCAUCCGCAUCCGCACGCGCAUCCGCAUCCUCACGCUCUCCAGCAACAUAAGCAACAACUCGAGCUUGUGCAGUCUCAGCCGCAACCCAACUUCUCACAGCAACCCCAGCCCUCCCAACAGCAGCCCGAACCUUCCCAACAACUCGAACCCUCCCAACAACAGCACUUCAGAGCAUCGCAAGACUCAAAUCUCGCAAACAAGUCCAUCUCAAGCUCGCAGCGGACCUACACCCAAGAAGAGCUCGACGCGGCCGUCGCGGCCAAGAACGCGGACCUCGUCCGCGCGCUGGCGGCGAAGCGCGCGCACGAGGACGAGGUGGCCGCGCUCAAGGCGCAGGUCGAAGAGAUGCAGAACCUGAUCAAGCGCACGAAUGAGGUGGCCGAGACGCGCGCGGCGUCGGAGAGGGCGGACGCGGCGCAGCGCGAGGCGGCGUUCGUGCGGGGGGAGAGGCUGUUUGGGGAUGAGAAGAGGCUGUGGGGGGAGAAGGAGAGGAGGUGGGGGGAGGAGCGCAAGAGUCUCAAGGCGCGCGCGGCGGAGGCGGUCAAGCGGCUUGGAGAUGUUGAGAUGGCGCAUGAGGAGAGCGAGAAGGCGCGGGCUGAGAAGGAGAAGGCUUGGGCGGCGGACCGCGCCGCGCUCGAGGCUCUUCAAGUCACCUCUGCGCGUGUACCGGAGCUCGAAGCGCAAGUCGUCGUCAUGCGAACCGAAGUCGAAACCGCUACUACGGCGCUUCAAGCGGAGAAAGACCGUACCGCCGCCGCCCAGCGCGACGUGGACUUCUAUCGUGGACAGUACGAGCAAGCCAGCGCAUUCGUAAAAGAGACGCGAGCCGAGAACGACGUGCUCUCCCAGCGCACGGAGAUCGCAGAAGGCCAAGCGCGCGAAGGCGUCCAGCUCGCACGCGCCGAAGCCGCCGCACGGCAAAAGGCGCUCGAAGACGACGUCGCGCGUUUGCGCACGGCGAACGAGAUCCUCGUCGAGCGCGCGCGGCGCACGGACGACGAUGUGCGCGAACGCGCGGCGCUGGAGCCGGAGUGGAGGAGGCAGGUCGGGAGGUGGGAGGAGAGGUACGAGUUGCGGGAUGCGCAGGCUGAGGAGGAGCAGAGGCGGGUUAAGAGGCUGAAGAAGCGGUUGGAGGAUGCUGAUGAGGAGAUUGAGAAGCUUGAGAGGACUGUUAGGAAGUUGAAGGAGGCGGCAAAGGCGGCGAAGGCGGCGAAUGAGGCAAAGGCAGCGAAGGCGGCAAAGGCGGCGGAAGAGGUGAAGGCGGCAAAGGACAGGAGUGCGGUGGAGGACAAGGGCAAGGCGAAGGCGAAAGCCGCGCCUGAGCCUGAGCCUGAGCCUGAGCCUGAGGAGGACGAGGAUGAGGAGGAAGACGAGGACUUCGUGCCGGGGAGUGAUGAGAGCAGUAGUAGCAGCGAAGAGGAGUCUGAUGAGGAGGAAGAGGCUCCCGUCGCCGCUGCUACCGACGCCACACCUGUUCCCGAGCCUCAGCCGGAUGUCUUCCCGCCCUCACACGUCGCCGCCCAACCACUCAUCCCCGACAUCGAGAUGCCCAUCGCAGGACCCAGCAACGCGCCUCUCAACGGCUCGCAAGAGCUCGUAGAGUCACAACUCCAGCCCGCAAGCCAAGAAGACUCCCUCCCGCCUCCGCAACCUCAAUCCCUCACCCUCUCAGAAACGCAAACUCAAGAUCCGAACGAUUCCAUCGUGCAACGAUGCAUGUGGGUCGAUCAGCAAGAGGGCGGAGUAGCGUGCGAUGCCACGGCGCCUACAGUACAGGUCAAUACCGAUUUCGCUUCUUCCCCUUCACCACCUCCCCGGCAACGCGGAGGAUGGCUUGGUGCAUGGUUUUCCGGGCGCUGA